AUGGCGGUGCCCGAUAAAGUAGCCUGAUGUUGUUGAAAAUCUGGGCUCUGAUAAGGUUUUCCGCUGUAAAUUGACUGACUUCCUGGAUACUGUCAUGUCCAAGGGGACAUUUAAGUCCUACUUAAACAGUAGCGUCUUCGUGAAUGAAAAGAAGGAAGAGAAACCCAACCAGCCGACAGCGUUCAAAUUGCACGUUACUGUUGAUGAGACUGAAGAGGAUGUCAAGAACCCAGAGGCUCAUGUACAUGAAGGUGAGAUUAUCAUUGGCCAAGCUCACAAUGUGCUCAAGUUUGACGCCUUCAGCGGCCACAACAGGGGCAUCUCCGGCUCCCUGUACUGCACUAACUUCAAGAUCAGUUUUGUUAGCGCUAACAGACCCACCCAUCACAUGAUUGAACUGGAUCGAAAGAAUUUGCUUUUUAAGGAGAACGAUAUACCAUUGACAUGUGUGGAUACUAUAUUCCAAAAGUCCUCUAGCAAGAGGAAGCAUCUAGCACCAGGAGCCAGUGCAUCUCGCAGCAUCAAGAUGGUCGAGAUCAAGUGUAAGAACUUCAAGGUUCACACAUUCAGCUUCAAGUUUACAUCUAAGAGUCAAGUCAAAUCGGUGAUGAACACCAUCCUUCACUAUGCGUACAUCACCAACCCUCAGCGUCUCUUUGCCUUCUCCUUUGAGCUACCCGCCUCCGCAUCAUCAUUGUCCUCAUCCAAACCGGCCAAUCACUUUGUGGACGAGCUCAAGAUGAAAAUAAAGGGCAAUGAUCGGAAGAGUCUUAUCACUAUUAAGAAGAGUGCGAAGAAAUUGGAACCAGCGUACCGUCCCAUCUCCCAGCGGAUAUCCGCGGUGCCCGUUGUGCCUGAGCUCCCGGAGAGAGUAGAGUCUACCGAGAGGGCAGGCAAGACGCCACAGUUCAGACGGUAUGAGGACUGGCAGGAGGAGAUGCAGAGAACCGGGGCCAGGAAUCUACGAGUCACGGCUGUCAAUCAGGACUUCAGAAUAUCAGAUAGUCUUCCAGAGUUUUUUGUAGUACCAUCAGUAGUAUCGGAUGGAGAGCUCACAAGAGCUGCACCACACUUUGAAGGUGGCAGAGUACCGAUGUGGUGCUGGAGUCAUGCCAAUGGUAGUAUACUCAUGAGGACUGUCCCACUACGAGCAGACACUGUUCAUUUAGAUCAUGAAAUCAAGAUGUUGGAGAGCAUAACUCUGAUCCAUCCAUCUAAGGCUCAACCUCAGGUCGUUGAACUCGGCAGACUCUGUCCCUCCUUCAGAGACAUCCAGAGCAGUUACCAGAAGCUUCACGAGCUCUGUAUGCCAGAAACAUUGAAAGAAUUCUGCAACUCUGAUGAUAAAUGGUACUCGAGUCUUGAUGGCACAAAAUGGCUUCAAAAUGUCAGCAUGUGCAUGGCAGCGGCAGUGACAGCGGCUCAGUUUAUCUACCAAGACAAACAGACGGUCGUCCUAAGAGAACCCACCGGUAAAGACACGUCCUGCAUCGUAGCAUCUCUGGUUCAGAUCUUCCUAGAUCCACACUGCCGUACCCAGUUGGGAUUCCAGAGUCUGAUUCAAAGAGAGUGGGUCAUCGCUGGUCAUCCGUUCCUAGAACGAUGUGGACACAUCACGCCCAAUGACGGUGAAGAGGCCCCUUCAUUCUUGCUCUUCUUAGACUGCGUCAAUCAGAUGAUGCUCCAGUUCCCCUCUGCCUUCGAAUUCACCGACACCUACCUCAUGACAAUAUGGGACAGUAUGUUUGCCGGCAUCUUUGGUACCUUCCUCUUCAACACGGAACGCCAGCGUGUCCGGACGUGCCUGCGUGAUGUCGAGAAACCCAUCAAGCUAGCCACCGUGUGGGCGUGGACUCUGCAGUACAGCCGCGAGGACCAGGCGCUGUUCAACAACCCCAUGUACAUCGCCAAGCAGAUUCUCGCCUCCCGAAUCCCGGGAGUCAAGUUCUCCUCCAAACCAGAGGUGGAUCAUUCCGAAGGGUGCAACGCCGCCCUCUACCGUGACAAAGUGAAGACUAGGCGAAGCGUGAUGGACGCAAAGUAUGGUCACAAAACUCGAGAGCCUUCUGCUAGGAUGAUUGCAGUACACAUGAGGGACAAAAACCUGAAUGUAAACGGAGCGAAUUCAACGGGUAACGGACGCUCAUCCGAAGUGGACCCCAAUGUUAUUAUCCCGCAGACGGGGCCUCCCUUCAUCAAAUUCUGGACACAGUGUUACUUAAGAUGGAUCCCCAGUGUGCAUAUACUGGACGGAGGGCAUCCCUUAGUCUAUAAGCAACAGUGCCAACUCGUGGAUGAGAUACAGCAGCUUAAAGAGAGACUUGAGCAGCUGAAGUGUCGCAAGACAAACGAGGUGGUGCGUAGACCCAAACGGGAAAGCCGACUGUACUUCACCUACGAGAACACGCGGAACCAAGGCCUACUCACGUCUGCGUUUCCGUUCUCCAUCAGCGAUUUGAGUUUAAUUGGUGGGGAUAGGAGGUCGUUUCUGGGCACCCCCUUGGCGAGAUUUCUGCGAGGGCAGAGCUUGAUGCAAAGUGAAAUGGCGCCGAUAACUGUCAGUGAUGUAGAGGCGAGUGAUGAGGUAGAAUUAUAAGAGAUCCAAACAAUGGGAGAAGCUUUUUUUUUAUCGAGGAACAAUCUUCAGCUCCAAAACUGAAUCGAAUUAAGUUCAAAGGAAUAUCUCUCAGACAUAGAAGUUGUUUGAAAUGUUUCAAAAAGAACUAGUCCAACACGAGCAGCGUCUCUUUAAACUCUUAACAUUCCAUUUUGAGCUGUUCCUUUUUGGAGUAAUGUAUAGCGUGGUUCACAAAAUGACGGCACACUGUUCUGAACAGAUCAGCAUCUGGCCCAACUGGGAAUGCUUGGUGUGCCUACGUAGUAGUGUUUCUAGAGUACUACAUAUUUAGUGCUCCCAUUUGGGAAUACAAAAAGUUCCCCCGAGUGAGAACAGUCAAGUGCGCCCAAUUUGGCGCUUGUGGCAUUCCAAGUUUAUAAGGGUAAUAUUGAAGUUGAUUUUAUAAAUAUUACUUCUUCUUUUUUCUUCAAAAGAAGAGUUCAUCAUGUGAAGCUUAAUUUUGACAGAUACAAUUUUACAUCUGUGUGUAGUAAAAGAUUACAAAUUAGGGUUUUUGUUAGAAAUGGCUGUAGCUAAUUACGAACAGGUACAUGUAGGGUUGAGGUAUAGUUUGGUCCCACUUGAUAUAUCAAGGUGAAAAUUGGGGCCAUCUUUACAUGCAAUCAUGUCCUUACGCACAACGACGCAUUAUGCAUGAAGACCGCGUGCGGCACGCAGGACUCUUCAAAUUCAGAUUGUUUGGCGAACCACUUGGCAGCGUAGACAAGUUUGAAUGCUUGAGGACAGCUCUAAGCCAAAACCCAAGAUAACUAUAAAGUUGUCUUCUAUCGGGAAAUAUUUUCGUGAGUUUUAUGUACAAAAACACUUUGGGUCAAACUUCCCUUUAAAUUUGUUUACGUUUAUUUUGUGGUGCGUAAAUAUGUGAGGAAAUAAUUUUCUGGGAAUGUUGUUUCUUCACUUCAGGAUAUGUUUAUUCCUCUGUGGAAUGAAACACAAAACCCAUAUUUCCUUGUCUUCAAAACCGCAGUUUACAGAUAAACUUUCUAAACUUUCCCUUUACUAAAAGGGAUAACAAGCUGGAGUGGUUAGUUUCGCUGUCGUUUUUGCUUUGUUUGGUUUUAUUGCUGACACGGCUUGCGCAAGAAUGGUAUGCGAAGAAUGUUAUUGUCGCAAGCCCAUAGUUCGGCUGUAAACAGUGCCCUAAACUUGUACUCUUACUUGUACUGAAAAACCCAACAUGCCCACCAAAGCAGCAAAAAACAUCACAAUAUUUGACCCAUUUCCAUCGAACCACAAAAGUCAUGGAAAGGUCAUUCCCUGAAUUUAUAUUUCCCUGUUUUGAACUGGCUACCAUUCUAAAAACAAAACAACAAAUCUGUUUUGCAUAAUUAUUUUCCUGACAUUUUCCUGGGGAAAAAUGUGUUUAUAAAAAAACAUCGUUGGUAAUCGUUGGAAAGAUCUCUGAUGCGUGAGCCAUGGCUUUUUGCAACCCAUGUAAAUGCUUGCCCAUAGUCGGUCCAAGGCGACUAAAGUUGACUUGUGAAAUUUACAUAUUUCAUGGAAAGGUCUUUUGUUCAAAGUGCCUUUACAAAUACCCAAAGGGUGAGAAGUGUUUUGUACUGUAAUCAGUGAAUUCCAUCGAGAGUAUGAACAUAUUUUCAUAAUUAUAGUGUGUUUAGAAUAAAAAAAAUAUUUUUAAAGUGUACAUGUAGAUAAAUUUGUGAGGGAGUUCAAAUUUUACAUUUGGAACUCCAAAUCUAUGAAGCGAUACAUUUGGAACUCCGAAUCUAUGAAGCGAUAUCUUUGAAAUGAACAUUUAUAUCUGAGAAAUAGUUAUUUAUUAUUGAUGGUGAUCUCAUUCUCAAUUGGGUUAUUUUUUUUAAAUAAAUUUGCAGAAGGAACUUGUACACUGGCAAGAUUCAGGUUGGUGUUUUUUUUUUUGUAAGUAAAUGUUAAUUAUGUAUUUUUAAUUAUUUCUUGCAUAGAGGCUUAUUAUAAUUGCAUAAUUUAAGUUUCAUUUGUUGUUGCAUAUUUUGGUUGUGAAAUACUUCAUCGUAGUAUGAGCUGGCCUUGUUACUGGGCAUGCUCAGUGGUCUGUAAACUAAGACCCUUUGGACUAGUUACAUGACAUUGCCUUACGCAGAAUUCUGUGCAUGCUACGUUUAUUAAAGCGCGUGAUUCUACUGGCCUUAAGCACAGAAUUCUGAUGAAAGCUGCGCAAUGAAAUUUGACCCAGGGCUCAAUUUUGUAAAGCUGCUUAAGCACAAAAAUGAGCACCGCACACAAUAUUUCUGCUUACCAGAAUUAACAUGUAGUUUGCCAGCAGACAUACACAUGUGCCUUGCCAUGUCUACAGUUUGCAAGUGCAACCCUUCAUUUUGUUUUUGCUUAGCGGCAAAUUGCUAAGCUCUAUUGUCUGCUUAAACAGCUGGAGGAAAUCCCACUUUGGUGCCUUUGGGAAAAGAUCUAUCAACGCUGCGCAAAUUUGAAUUUAGUUGUACCAUGGAGCAAUAAGCUAGUUUAUUGCUCCAUGAUUGAACAUGUACAUAAGUAUAGCAACUCUGUUUAUUUGUUUUUAAAUUAUUUUAAAUCAGUUAUGUAGUCAGAUAAAGUGCUAGUAAAUUACAUCUUGUAAAUAUUUGAUUCUAUCAAUCAAGUUUAAACGGUUGAAUCGCGAUUAAGUUUUAGACUAAUUAAUAGAAAAAGUAUGAUUUACUUUUUUGUUUUUUAUGGAAAAGAACAUGUUUUACAAAAAGCCAUUUUGCUGCAAAAGGCUGGCAUAGAUUGAAAUCAGUUGAGAGAUGUGCAAUGCUGAUUUUUUUAAAAUUAUAUUUUAUGAUGUAUCGCCCAACUUACAAGGCCGGGCGGCCACUUUAAGGUGGGGGCACAUUAACCAACUCCGAGGGCCGAACAGGGUUGCCCUCCCCUCCUUCACAGUCCGUAAGGAGUUGGGUAUUGUUUCGUGAAAUCGGCUGCAGGCUCCUAGUUGACAUGGUUGAUGAUGCAUGAGUAUCAUCAACCAUGUCAACUAGGAGCCUGCAGCCGAUUUCACGAAACAAUACCCAACUGCGUAAGUCCACUUGCGCAACGUUUAUGGCGUAAGUUGCGCCAUAAACGUUGCGCAAAAAGCAGAAUGCACUACUGUACCUUCUCAACUUCAUUCAGCUGGUCCCUAAUAUACCAUGAAGGUCAACAAAUUUUGAGAUUGAAGUGUUUUUAUAACUAUUUAAAAAGAGUGCUUUUGCUACCUGGUUGUUUUUAAUGGAGACAAAAGUCUGAUUACAAGUUUAAGUUCAGCGUUCUUUUUAGCAGCGUUUUAUUUGCCAAAAUGGAAAGUUUCUGAAUUACUCGGUUAUAAUGUAAGAGUAUGGUCUUCAUGUUCAUAGAGUGUUACAUUUUGGCAGCCAUUUUAUUUUAUCACAAACCAAUCUAUCGCUAUGUUUGAUUUAACUGCUCCAGUAACGAAGUGGUAGCGUUUGGCAGCCGGUUUAGUUGAUGACAGACAAUCUAUGGCCAGUCUGAAUGAUACAACUUUUGAAGCAAACACUGUAUGUAGAUAGAAUCCAACUUAGGUUUCCCGAAAUUUAAAUGGGUUUGCCACGAAUUGUUAAAGUCAACACAAUUUUUAUUUGCUUUUAUGGUCAGCACUCGGUAAACAGUGAAUGAUAACUAUGAUGCCUUUUUGAAACCACGUCUUGGGCCUCCGGCUUAGGCUCUGUAGUAUUUAUAUAACAAAACGUGCUUUCAGUAUCGUACUCGAGCAGGCAGACAAAGCCAGAGCCGAACCCCAAAUCCUGGUUUCAAAAAGAGCCUAUAUAUUGAAGCCCCGUGUCUGGUACCUAGAGACCUUCUGUGGAUUAUGAUUAUUCAUGUUGCCAAUGAACCAUCUAUAUGAAAAGACUUAUUAUCUUUGUUGGUGUACAUAUUAUAUAAUUUGGUACAAUGUAUUCAAAACUAAAGAACAUGGAAUUAUGAAAAAGAUGGUAUCUAGAAUCCAAGGAAAAUUUGUAUUAAAUGAAAGAAUUAUUGAGGUUUGCUAUAAUUUAAAGUGUAAUUGUUAUCAGUCUGAAAAAUGUAUACAAUUGUGUAUUAAAGCCCUUUUUAAACCACA